UGAAUGUGCACGUUGGGCUGAAUUUGGUGUGUUUUGUAACCAACAGUGCUGCUUCUCUCCCACCAGCGGCUCCAUCAGCUGUGAGGAAGCCUCGGAGGCAGAUAUGAUGUAAUCACAGGGAGGCAGAGCCGGAGAACAGCCGCACCGAGCGGACGGACGCACGGAGCGGACGCAUCUCGGCAGCUCGUGGCCACUUUCUGAUCCGGGUUUUGGUUCGGAGGAGUCAUGUCGGGGAGCUUUGGGCUGGAUGGCGGCCAGCAGCUGGAGGAGGAGCGGCACCGGCCGGGGAUGCUGCUGGUGAGCCGCCUCCAUCAGCUGUAAUUACCCACCGUGGCCCAGGAGUCCUCUCCCGCAGCUGCUCCAUCAUCCUCCGCGUAAAAAUGGCCCGCACUCCACCUCCGCCGUCGACAUCGGUGCUUCAGAGCAGGAGGCUUCACGUCUCUCCACGUUGUUGUAGGCCCAUUUCCCCCUCUUCUUCGCUUCUGGAUCACACUUUCGCAAAUGAUCCGAUGUUUUGAUUAAAUUCGCCUCCCGCCACCAUCGAUUAUUCUUUUUUCCAGGAGAUAUUUUCCGGUGAUGGGCCGCUGCUGCCCGCUCUGCCCUGCCGGGAUCUGAGGCUUCUUUCUCUGCCGUGAUGCCCCUGCAUGUGGCGUCCAUCUAAAGCUGGAGUUGUCAAGUUUCUCUGGACGUUUUCCGGGCUUUUACGCGCAGAGCUGUGCGUCCAUGUCGUGUGUGCGCCCUGCGGGGGGAUGAGCAGCCAGCGAGCCUCCAGCACAAGUCUGCCCGCCCCUGCUGCCGCCGCCGUCCGCCCUGUGGCCCUGUGACUUCCCCGGGGUGUGGAGGUCCGUCCUGGCUGUCCUGCUCAGGUUUAAACCAUGGCCAAUGAACCUGUCAUCCUUAACGUGUACGAUAUGUACUGGAUCAACGAAUACACUUCCAAUCUGGGUAUUGGAGUCUUCCACUCAGGCAUCGAGAUUUACGGCCGAGAAUUUGCAUACGGCGGCCAUCCGUACCCUUUCAGCGGCAUCUUUGAAAUCAACCCCGGAAAUGCUGCCGAACUGGGAGAGACGUUCAAAUUCAAGGAGGCCAUUGUUUUGGGCACCACGGACUUCACAGAGGAGGACAUAGAUAAAAUCAUGGAGGAGCUGGGUAAAGAGUUCAAAGGGAACGCCUACCAUCUAAUGCACAAAAACUGCAACCACUUCUCCUCCUCGCUGUCUGAGUUGCUGUGCGGACGGGAAAUCCCUCGCUGGGUCAACAGACUGGCCUACUUCAGCUCCUGCAUCCCCUUCCUGCAGAGCUGCCUGCCCAAGGAGUGGUUAACGCCGGCCGCCCUGCAGAGCCACAUCAGCCUCGGCCUGCACAAAGAAGAGCAGAACGAGUCGAGCGACGAGGACCCUUCGUCGCCGUCCGGAGCCGCCGCCGCCGGCUCGGGCUCCUCCCACAGCUGCCGCCACACCAGAGUGUGAACUGCCCCGACACAUGCACUGACCUCUGGGCCUUCCCGCCACCGCUGCUGGCAUCAGUAGGCUCGAACAACCACCUGACCUCAUACUGUUUGUCCUCUGAGUAAAGAGGCAGGAAAACGAAGAGGAGAGCUGCUGCCAGAGACGUUCAGAGCUGCAGAAACUCGGCUUUUCCUCUCAGACGACGAGAUGACAGAGGCAAACUUUCACCUGAGCCAUGAAGGGCGGCUCAGACUUUGACCACUUGUAGAUCUGAAGUUUGUAGAACGUUAUUAUUAGUCUUUUUCCACAAACUUUUAAACCUUUGUCAGCCUUGUUCCCUUCCCUGCCUUCAGAGCUGCUUUUGUAGAAUAACUUAAGUAGAUACCUGAUAGUGACAUUACCAGGAAAACUGCUAAUCUGCUCAAUUUCAACAAGUUCUCGUUCAAUAACCUCUAUGUGGCCUUCAGUUGAUAUCGUUGGCUCUGCUUUCUUUUUGUGGAACUCUUUUCUUUGUCCAUUUUAGAGGGUUGGCAGGUUAAAGAUCGUUCACUAAGGUUGCAUGUUGAAAGAAUUUGACAAAACAUCCAUCUAAACUGAGACGACUCUAAUCAUCAAGUAUUUCUUCUCCUUUUCCUUUCCUUACUUUCAAUCGGGGCUCGUUUUAAACAGCAAACCGGCAUAACCAGUUCAUAGACGGUUGUAAACAAUCAAGGGCAAAUACUGUUUGGUUUAAACUGUUCAUUCAGCCUCGGGCAGCCCAGUGAACUUCUCAGAGACACAAAGAAAAGUCAAGCUGCUACUCUGACAAACACUGACUUUGUGACCCUCUUUUGUCUACGCUUUUAUAUCCAAGUGAUCUUUAUAUUAUAAUGGUGCGAUAACUUCCAGGACGUCUAAACACGAGCUGCCAUGAGACAGAAGAGCAGAAUUCAAAGUUCUCGUUUGAGUUACCGUCGUUCUAAAAGAUUUUUUGGGGAAAUGCACUUAUUUAAUUUCUUGACAAGAGAUGAGAAGAUCAGGUUUAGUGCCGAAACAGUAAAUUCGAAGCUAUAGCCAGUUAGCCUAGCUUAGCCUAGCUUAGCCUGACUCUGACACCUACCAGCACCUUCACUGUUUAACACGUGAUAUCAUAUUUGUUUAAUCUGUAUGAACACCAAGACGAAAAAUGCAUUUUAUGGAGGAUCAAGUUGCAAAGUAGUAGCCAGAUCUAUUACCACAGUGCUGUGUAAGCCAUGGAGAAUGGUCUGACUGCACAUCAUUAUAAUCCUGCUAUAGGGGGUACAAUAAUGCUCGGGCAUGUUUGAAUAUCUCUUUAAACCAAUCACUGUCGUAUUGGGUGGUGCCAAGCCCAGGAUGCAGUGGUGAUGCACCUACAAAAUAGAAUUGUUUCGGUGGAAGCAAACCGAGCAGACAUGCCUUAUUUCUUCUAAAUCUGUCAAUUUCAAUGUUUAGGUUGCUGCUCAGAGGCUGUUGUUGUUGUUUCCUGUAGUUAAGGAGAUUUGAAAAUGGAUGCAAGCAGAUAGCAGAAGGAGAGGAGAAUGCUGCUUAAAAUGUAUAGCAGUAAUGGCCGACUUUCAGCCCAUUUUCAUAACUCCGUGUACAAUCAACUAGAACUCCCUUCAUUCUAAUGGGAACCUUCAUGAACUCAGAUGUGUCGAAGGAACUCCUUCUGUUUCUUCCAGUUUGAAACUGAACAAUUUAAACUUUUAUGGUGGAUUUCAGACAUUGCGGUACAUACGCUUUGUCACUAAAUAUUUCGCAAAACUGGCUUCACACCUGGCAGACGAACCUCCUAACUUAUUUGUAACUUUCAUUCCUAACCUGUUCGAUGCAUCCCUGCUCCUGUUUUUGACACAGUAGUGCUCCAUGUGCAUUUUCCAUUAAAUGGAUGAUAAAAAAAAAUGAUAAAAUUCUUCCAACCACCAUUUCCAACAAGGAGUUUGCCCCGUUUCCACAUGACUUUGUGUUCGUAUGCGAGUCAAAUGGAACCAAAACUCCAGGUAUUCCCAUUGGAGCCUCUGUGAUCUCUGUGAUUGUUGUUUCUUUCUAGUCUGGUAUUUGCCUUGAGUAAAUGAAAAACUUCAGAGCAGAACUACAUUUCCUUAUGUCGAACAGUAAGAGGGGUAGUGUAGAUACCAGGUAAAAUUGUAGACACUAAACAAAACUGUGCAGAAACGAGCUCUGUGUACAAUCAACUCCAUUCAUUCUUAUGGGAAUCCCUCUGAUCACCAAUUCACAAAACUCCUCCUUCUGUUUGUUUCCAGUCUGGAAUUUGCCUUAAAUAUGUUGAAAAUUUAGAAGUUUUACAGUGGAUUUCACAGAGACUGCACUGUGUGCCAGAAGGAAGUGCUUUUCUUUUCACUGAACACUAGAUUAGACCUAAAGUAUAAACCCAGUGAGUCGGACUAGUUGUGCAGUAAUGGAGACUUCUGGAAGCCAAAAAAAUGUCCAGUCUUUGCACUUUCGUUUAAUGUAAGCCAUAUAGAAACAUGUUAGAUUCCUAAGUGCUUCUGUCGACUACAACUGAACCUGAUGUUUUGGUUCUUGAAGACGUUUCACCCGUUAUCGAAGAGGCUUUUUCAGCUCUAACUGACUGUGGGGAAUUCCAGGUAUUUAUUCUCACCUCCAAAUCACAUUACUAACGGCCUAUUACUGACUGAAGACUCUGUGCCUUGAGAUGUAAAUGGUCGUGAAACAUUCAGCAAAGGGAUCUCAGGACUGCAGUAUGAGUACCUGAUAAAUGGUGUUGUAGAUUCUCUUCCCUUUUUUGAGACAACAGUUCCGGUUAAACAUAGAUGGCUUUCUUCACUCCUAUGGAGGGAUCUUAGUGCUGCAUUGUAAGUACCUGAUAAAUGGUGUCAUAGAUUCCCUCGUCUGUUUAGAGAUGGCUGUUCCAGUUUAGCAUAGUUAGCUUCCUUCACUCCGGGAAAGGGAUCUCAGGACUGCUUUAUAAGUACCUGAUAAGUGGUGUUGUGGAUUCUCUUCCUGUUUAUAGAUGGCUGUUCCAGUUAGACAUAGAUGGCUUCCUUCUCUCUUGUCUUCUUUGUCCAGAAAGUGGACACCACUGUCGUCAAAAGCAUGUCCAGUAUCUUUUAGGUGGAAAGUUGACUGCUGAGGAGCUGGAUCUCCUUCGUUCUACCAUUCGCUAGGUGAUUUGGAGACUCCUCAUUAGUUGGUUAGAACUGAGAAAGCCUCUUGGAUGAGGUAAAGGACCAGAAAUAUGUCCAGUUGCAUUCUAUUGAAGCACUUAGGAUUACCCAACUGAGACUCAACACAGACAAAAAAGAGUUGUUAGACAGAUUUUGUUACCUUCAGGCAGACUUUGGCAGGCUGUUUUACCCCUUUUCCAGUCUUAAUGCUAAGCUAAGAUAGUCCACUACGUACAUAAAAGUGGUAACGAUCUCUCAUCAAGAAUAGAUAUGAGCAUAUUUCCCAAAAUGUACAACUUUUCAAUUAAGACCAUAGUUUUAUGUUUGAUUUCUUUCAUGUUUACAGAAAACAUUGUGAGGAGAUUGUGUCAGACGCUGGGUUUGUUGCAGCUGAAAGAUCGGAUUUGGAAAAAAGGGAAAAUAUGAUCAUAUUUAGAAUACAUGCCGGUAAACAAUAACAUUAUUGACUAUUUGAACCUGCUGAUUUUAUUGGUUCUUUGUUGUUGCUCAAAUACAAAGAGGCCACAACUGACUGUAAUCUUUGCCCUCCUGCUGUAGUGUAUUGAUGGACAGCUGCCGUUUCUCAGGAAGGAAAUCACACAACUCGUAGUUGUGACUGCCACCUCAUUCCUGCUUCAUAAAUGGGGUCAAAAGUGCAGAUUAUUCAUUAUUCUCCAUGUUCUUGAAUAAGCUAUUUCCUUAUUUAUUUUUUUGACAUUUCACAGUGUUUUGUGUUCAGAUUUUUGGUAUAUUUUCAAUUUAAGAGGUCGGGCUGUACAGCAGUCAGUGUUACAUGCUCAGAAGUCUCUGGCACUUCCUACCGAGCAGACCAGACAGGUAUUUUUUUCUAUCGCAUUGUGUCAACCUAAACCUUGUAUUUCCUUUUCCUAACCCGAGACAAUUUCAAGAAUGAUGAUAGUACUAGAAUAAAGAGAUGGAAUACAGAGA